UCCUGCAACGAAAUGUCCUUGCAACGAUUUGUCUGCAACGAUUUGUCUGCAACGAUUUGUCCGCAACGAUUUGUCUUGCAACAAAAAGUCCGGUCACCCAAAAUUACAAACAAACGAAAAAAUAUUUCACUUUAUCUUUUACUAAGAUUGAGUUCUGAUGUCGUAGCACUGUUGAAUUCAUGUUCUGAGAACAAUUAAAAAUAAUAUUUUUGUUUAUUUCGAAGACUGAGUGACGAAAGUCUUCUAGAAGGUUUUGGAAAAAAAGCGGGACCAAAUAAAUUGUGUUUUGCAUAUGAAAGAGCACAUGAUGAGUUAUUUCUUCACGUAUACAUAUAAAUCUGAAUGAUUCUGGCAAAAAAGACUUUCUAAAGAAAAAUUUAAUGGAUGUUAAAGUACAAUCUGUCAGCUUCUCUUCAUCCAAAGUCUUCUGCCCACUAAACGUUAAUAGGCUAGAAGGAAUCAAGAGAAUCAAGGUCUGUAUUAGAUAGACUGGUAGUGUUAGUAGUCCUACUUUAACUUGUAAAUCGAUAAGAUGAACAAGGAAACAUAAAUCCGGAUGAUGAAUAUGUAUUUAAUGAUGUAAUGCAAAUGAUCACAAUAACAAAUAUAGUCAACUUAAUAAUAACAAAAGAAUAUAUCAACUGGACUUGAGAAAGACUUGUUCAUAAAGCUGAACCAAAGAGAGAGAGAGAGAAAAGAGAGAAAAAUGAAUAAAUGUAUAUAUUUAUUUUGUGUGUUGGAAAAACAUCGAACCCUACAUAGGUCGAGUAAAAGAGAACAAAAGAAUGAAAAAAAGUUAGCGACAACAAUGUAAUGUCUUUUAAUGCUAACACAAUCGUAUUUUGCAAAUCGAUAUCCGACUAUUUUACAGACUUUUAUGUUCUUCUAAUCAUAACACUACGUAUGAAGAUAUGAAUCUAUUCAAAACACACUCUGUAGAGAUAGGAUUGAUCAACAGAUUUUAAAUUUGAAUGUAAACUUAUUUCUAUAUGCUAUUUUAGGAUAAUAGUAUUCGUAUUCUAUAUAGUUGCACAGGCUGAUGCAGGUUUUGGUGUUUGGCAGAGACGAACAGGUGGUAUAAUUGUAACUAGUAGGAUUGGAUUAUGGACUUACAAUUUACCUGAAAAUUGUCGAGGAUCGGUGCUUUGCAAUAAAAUCAAAGCUGCAAGAGCAUUCUUUGUAAUCGCAACAAUGGCAGCAUUUGUUGGUGCUGUCCUACUUAUUUAUAUUGCGCUUAAAUCAUAUCCGAAAAUAAUACAUUUAGCAGCACUUAUUGCAGCUCUCAUCUCUUGUCUAUUUGGAUUAAUCGGUUGGGCCAUUGGAAUGAGUGCACUUGUUGGUGGUUUUUACAAAAUGGGAGCAGCUUCAGCAUUAGGUCUAAUCGGAUGGAUGUUCAGUUUGGCAGCAACGAUACUAGCAUACCUCGUCGAGGGAAAUUUGUCUAUGUAA